AUGCCAAAUGGAAGCCUGGAGAAGAUGAUAUUUCAGAAGAGGAAGAGCCUGCUUGCAUGGGCUCAGAGGUACAGAAUUCUGAGAGACGUGGGCGCAGGAUUGGAGUAUCUUCAUGAAGGGUGGGAGAAAAUUGUAGUGCAUAGAGACGUUAAAUCCAGCAAUAUUUUGUUGGAUUCUGAACUCAAUGCAAAGCUGGGUGACUUCGGGCUUGCUCGUCUGUACGAGCAUACAGAAAACCCACAAACUACUAGAGUGAUGGGUGCGCUUGGGUACAUCGCACCGGAGGUCGUACACACGGGAAAGGCCACUCCCAGCGCAGAUGUGUUCAGCUUUGGUAUUUUAAUGUUGGAGGUUGUCUGCGGGAGGAAGCCUGUAGAUCCCUCUCUCGAUGCUUACCAGAUCGUCAUGGUGGACUGGGUGAGAAAGCUCCAUGCGAAAGGCAGACUCAAGGAUGUAGCAGAUCCCAAUCUUGGCGGUGAAUAUGUUGAAGAUGAGAUGGAGAAGAUGCUCAAAUUAGGACUGCUGUGCUGCAAUCCUCAGCCAGAGGCGAGACCCACCAUCAGACAGGCAUUGCAAAUAAUUGAAGGGGAAGCGUCUCUUCCCAGUUUAGUUCCAUAUGGGAUGAGUGAAGGGACCUGUAGUUCAUAUCCAAGUAUAGGAGUAUCUUUUGCCUCGACUUCCAACUCUCCAGAGGGACGAUCAUUUACUAGUGGAAAGUCUGAAUCAAAGCAGUCUACCAUUAGUAAGGCUACCUUCUCAGAUUUUAAUGGAAGAACUGGAAGGAGGAUGCAGGAUAAUUCUUUUGUGCGCACUUGUUGA